UAUUUUGGCAUCGUGUUAUUUUUAUGCUUGCCCGCACGAGAGGCUGUCGCUUUCCUCUGGCCACUUUCCACUUGCCACUUUUCCGCUCAGUCGCCAGCAGGACAUCGAGCAGUGCAAGUCGCGCGGUCGCACUUUUCCGAUAUCGGUUUUGGAUGUGGCUCGUGUGUCGACGGUUGGUGUUGUUGUAGCUGUUGCUGUUGCUACUAUUGCGCUGCUGCUACUGCUGCUACUGCUGCUGCUGCUGUUGCAGUGGCACGUGAAGUUGUGGACUUGGUAAAGUUUCGAUUCGUCGCCUGUGCGUCCUUGCCGCAUCCUUAGCCUUGCUCACGGUCACACGGACCUCCCAUCCCCCCCUCCUCCAUACAAGGGCCAAUUGAAUGCACUAGUUCAGGUGAAAUAACGCAGGCAGCCGGGGCAUAAAAGCCACCUCAACCCCGUGACAUUCGCAAUCCGUGCAUUAGCAUUACCAUAAAGUGCUUGGAUAUUGAUGCACAACAGCCGGAAGACGAGAUGCCAUAAGCCCGGAAAACGCAACCAACCAAGGCUGCAGGUGUACGACCAGCGGAAAUCCCUGCGCGGAAGAGAUGCAUUACAUUUGGCAGUAAAGUGAAAGUGUGUGGAAGAUGAGCGAACGGGGCAGCGGGGGAGCGGUGACCGGUGGGCGGCAUGCUCGCGUUAGUCCGACGCCGGGACGUGGCAGCAAGAUUGCGUAUACGCCGUGUCCGCGCUCCGAGCCGCCGCAGGAUCUGGCGCUCGCCAUUCCGCCGCCGCCGCGCAACUGCCUGGCCAUCCCGAUGUCCUCGCUGCAGACGGCCAACGGACCCGGCAACAAUAAAGAACGAUGUAGCGCCCUGUCGGGCAUCCCGAGCACCCCGCUGUCGAGCACCGCCCCCUCGCUGGCCCUGCCCGGCAACCUGCCCUACGAGCUGGACAUUCCGCAGCCGCUGGUCGACCGCCGGCCGUCCGUCUCGUUGAUGCGCUGGAAUAGCAGUAGCGGACCGGGUACGGAGAGUGGCAGCAACAGUGCUAGCAACAGCCUGAUCCGCCUGCAGCAGCAGCAGCAGCUACAGCAGCAGCUACAGCAGCAGCUACAGCAGCAACUACACCAGCAACUGCAGCGGCAGCAGCAGCAGCAACAGCAACAGCACCAGCAGCAUCUAUUGGCAACAGCAACAGCAACAACACUGGGGUACGCUGAUGCAACGGUGGCCACGGCAACAACAACAUUGCUAGCGGCCGCAGCUGCAGCCACGCGGCAAGUGAACUUUGGCGGUGGCGCCAACUCGGGAGUCACACGAGCGGAACCCAUCUCACUAGCCACCCUGGAUCGCGACUGCUUCAUCAUUCCCGUGCACAGUGUGGAUCGAUUCCUGCCAGCUGGCAUUCCGCUGCCCGCUUUGAAUGCCGAGGGUAAGGCCACUAGUCCGCUGAGCGUGUUGGAAGUGUCCGAUCCCAAGCUGUGCAUCCUGGUGCAUUUGAUGAGUCCCCUGGAGGCCAUCGAUCCGGUGAUGGAGUCGCCUCUGUCGCAUCCGCUGCUGAAGCAGCGCUCCAUUGCCGCCGAACUGGUGACCGAGGUGCAGCAGGCCAACACGGCGGUGGGUGGUAUGCUACUGGCCAACAUGGAGAAGAACUCCGAGUUCCCCUUCAUCUCGUACUACCUGAUUAAUACGCUGCAAACGGAUCCUUCCAGCUUCUACGCCGGCCUGCGCGUCUCCUCGCUGUCCAAGUUCGAGCCAAAGGCCCUCAAAUACACUGCCGCCCACACCCUGGAUCUCUAUAGCGAGGUGGCGGCCAUUUGCCGUCCGCCGUUGGUUUUGCCCUCGAACGAGGCCGGCAGCUUCAAGAAAUCGCAGACCGCCGCCACCGGCUACAUUAUUAGCGUGUUCAAGGUUUUCGAGGGCGACGAUGGCGAACGAUUCGAAAAGAAUUGGCUCUACUGGACAGGCGCCCGGAUGCUGUACAGGUAUCUGCCACGUGCCGCGGGACUGCGGCGCAUCGCGCUGCACAAGAGCACCUCGCAGAAGGGCGACAAGAUGUACCUGCUGGUGUGCGAGUGUGCCGACCUGCUCAAGGACAUCUCGCUGGCCGCCUUCCUGAUUCCGGCACUGCGAGCCCGGCUCUGCGGAUACACGGGACUCUAUCGACCAAUACAGGCCUUCUAGUUGCCGGAACCACGUAUUUUUUUCAACAUAUUUCCUGUAAAUAGUGGAUCUAGCGAUGGGACGGGCCAAACUAAAUGCGAAACAAACACUGCAAUGUGAAAGAAA